AUGUUUUACCAUUUUCUUUCUCUUUCUCUUUCGUUCCAGUUCCUGCCUGGCCGUAACCCAACAGGGAGCCUCCCAAAUCGUCAUUCAAUGCCAAUUGUAAAGCUGUUUUUUUCUUUUCCUUUUCUUUUCUUUUUUUUUUUUUUUUUUUUUUUUUUUUUUUUUUCUUUUUUUUCUUUUCUUUUUUUCUUUUUCUUUUCUAUUCCUUUUUCUUUUUCUUUUUACUUUUUCUUUCUUUUUCCUUUUACUUUUGUUUCUUUUUUCUUUCUUUCUUGUUCUUUUUUUUCUUUCUUUCUUGUUCUUUCUUUUUUCUUUCUUUCUUGUUCUUUCUUUUUUCUUUCUUUCUUGUUCUUUCUUUUUUCUUUCUUUCUUGUUCUUUCUUUUUUCUUUCUUUCUUUCUUGUUCUUUCUUUUUUCUUUCUUUCUUUUCAUUUUUCUGUUUUUCAUUUUUUCUUUUUUUCAUUUCUUUUUCAUUUUUUUCAUUUUUUCUUUUUUUCAUUUCAUGUUUUCUCUUUUCUUUUCUUUGUUUCUUUUUUCUUUCUUUCUUCUCUUUUUCUUUUUCUUUCUUUUGUUAACAUUUGUCACUCUCUUUCACAAUGAAAAUCCACGUCUUAUCUUUCUCUUCCUUCUCUCUUCUUCUUUCUUCCUCUCCCCCCCCCCCUGCAAUAGAUUGACCUCACUCAUAUCUUGGGCAAAAUUCAUUCUGUUGUCUUCUAUCCUUUAUAUGGGGUCUGCUUGGAAUUACUUCUUUUUUCUUCUUUUUCUCACUUUUCUUUUCUCAUUUCUUUUUUUUCUCCUCUCCUUUCUUUCCUCCUCUACUUUCAUUUCUCCCUUCCUUUCUUCUUUUCUCCUCUCUUUUCUUUUCUCCUUCUCUUCUUCUUUCCUUUCUCCUUCUCUUCUUCUUUCCUUUCUCCUUCUCUUCUCCUUUCCUUUCUCCUUCUCCUUUCUUUCUUUGUUUGUAAUUAUGUUACUCUUAUAA